GUAUAUACAUACGUGUAACCUCAUCUCUGCCCAAGCUAGCAUCUCAUCCGUUUAUUUCCUUUAUCUUGUUUAUCUCUCAAAUUUGAGCAUUUGAGCCGGCAAAUAUACGAAUUUCUCAAGUGUGAUUAUCAGUCGAGCGGGUAACACUCAAAUACGUCGACAUGGCGUUUUCUCCGAUUGUCACAGCUACUAUCCAAUCCGCAGUUCUUGCGGCUACGUCUAACAUUUUGGCACAGGGCCUAACGGCAUAUCAGAAUGAGACUCCUCUUGUCAUCGAUUGGGUGCCAGUCUUCCAGUUCGUCCUUUACGCAUUUCUCAAUGUACCACCCAACUUCUUAUGGCAAGAGUUUCUAGAGGACUCCUUUCCGGCGUACCAUAUAAUGCCUACGUCCGCAGCAGUAGCGUCCGCAGCAGCAAACGAUGAGAAAGCGCUUGAAAAAGAAGAGGAAGAGGGCAAGUUGGUGGAACGCAAGCUUAAUAUCAGCAACACGGCCGUCAAGAUGAUUCUAGACCAAACCGUAGGCGCAGUCGUCAACACCUUUCUCUUCAGCUUGUUCAUACACUCCAUCCAAGACGCUAUGCUGCGACCUCUAGGUGCAUCACUUAGCGGUCCGGCGAAGAGUGCCCAGUAUCUAUUCUCCCGCGGUGCUAUUGACUAUAGCAAAGUAGAUUGGGCGAGUGUGGUCGCUCGUAGCCGUGCUGAGUUCUAUGAGCUCCUCGUUGCUGGAUGGAAGGUGUGGCCGGUCAUAAGCCUGAUCAACUUUGCCUUUAUUACAAGCAUCCAGGGCCGCAACCUGGUCGGCAGUCUUGCUGGUGUCGGCUGGGGCAUUUAUAUGAGCCUUGUUACCGCUCGUUAGGAACGGGAGUUGAAA